AUGGGGUUUAGAGACAUUGAAAAGUUCAACCAAGCUUUGCUUGCGAAGCAAGGUUGGCGGCUUAUGAUGGAUCCUGACUCUUUGUGCGCUAGGUUUUUGCGGAGUCGAUACUAUCCCAAUGGGAGUUUCUUGGAGGCGUCUCUGGGGGCUCGGCCUUCGUAUGCAUGGAGGAGUAUAAUCUUUGGAAGGCAGCUGCUGGAGAAGGGUCUUAGAAGAACCAUUGGCUCUGGAGAUGAGACCUCGGUGUGGAUGGACAAAUGGCUUUUUGGUGAGGUUCCAAUGGCUCCUCUACCCUCUCGCUUAGAUGACUCAGAUGUGAGGAAGGGAAGCAGUGCUCAACCAUCAAUUAACGGUUUAAUCCAAAGAGUAUGGAAGGUGGAAACAGUACCGAAGAUUAAGAUCUUCAUGUGGAAAUCCUUAUCAAAUGCGUUAUCAGUAAAUGACGGUCUGUUAGCAAGGGGCCUGAAGAUCGACCCUAGAUGUCAACGGUGUGGUAUGGACGGUGAGUCUAUCAACCAUGUACUCUUUACUUGCCAUGCGGCUAGAAGGGUGUGGGCUGAAUCCAACUUCCCUUUCCCUCGCCGGAUUUUUGAAAACAGAACUUUGUUCGAAAAUUUCUACUAUCUACUUUUCCCGACGAAUGGUUCAAGAGUCCCUGAUGAAGUAGCUCAAUUCUCCGCUCAGGAUACGGUAGCAAAAGCAAAGGAGGAUUCUAGUCAUUGGUUUGAAGUUCAGAAAUGUGUGAGGGAGGAUAUGGCGAAAGAUGCACAAGAAGAACGAGCUCAGAGCAAGUGGCAGGCGCCAACAGAUGGAUCCUUUGUGGAGGCUAAGUUCUAUGUCUGGUUAUGGGAGAUUGAAUCAAUGCAUAGCCAUCAUAUUGGAAGUGUGCUCUUUGAAAUGGAGGUCGUUAAUUCUAAAGUAAACAGAUGUGCUCAUGCUAUUGCAAGAAGUGUAACGAGAGAGAAGAAAUACCAAUCCUACGUAGCACAGGGUAGUCCCCGAUGGCUGAAGGAAAUGUUUGAGGAGGAUCAACAAGGUGUUUGA